CCUUUAUCUUCACUCUUUCUAUAUAGACGGUAUUCGCUCCUUUUUUAAGAGGAUGGAAACAACAAAAUCCGGAAGGGUAGUCAGAAGCAUGAACAAUAACUUGAAAAACGAGAUGAUGGAAGACGGGGAAGAAGACGAUGAUGAAACCUACGGUGAAAGUACCCGAAAGAAAAAGGUGACGGGAAAGAGGGGUUCAAGUAGUGGUAGUGGUAGUAUGCAAGCUUUCUGUCAGGUGGAAGGUUGUACAAGUGAUAUGAUUAACUGCAAGACGUACCAUCGGCGACAUAAAGUUUGCGAGGUUCAUUCUAAGGCUCCAAUUGUUUUCACCGGCGGAUGCCAACAACGCUUCUGUCAGCAAUGCAGCAGGUUUCAUGACGUAACGGAAUUUGAUGAUGCCAAAAGGAGUUGUCGUAUGCGUUUGGCUGGGCAUAAUGAACGCAGGCGUAAAAGCUCGUAUGAGAAUUUCGGAGAAAGUUCUUGAAUGUUGGAGAAACGAAGGUUGUUGUUCAUGAUGAAUGAAGGUGGCUCACCGACUAGUGAUAUCAUAAGACGUAUAUGUCUAUAUUUGCUAUGUAUUGUGCUCUCUCCCUUCUGUCACGCAUAAGUAAAUAUAAGGAUUAUUAGGAUAUAUAUAUAUAUAACUAAGUGAAGAAGCAGUGUACCAAUCGUACUAUGUGUGUUUAUGAUCGCUUUCUGGGUGCAAAAUGUAAGUAAAGAUAAUAUUAAUGUUGAGAAUCAAGUUCUUCUGAUUUAA